AUGGGAUGGAAUGAGAGGGAAAUUGUUUCCAAACGGAAGAAAAUAACGACGAAAAAUGAACCCGAGACUGCAAUAUUAAUCACUGCCAGAAAUGGUGUUGCCGAAAUUGUGGAGAAAAUUCUGGAAUUGGUUCCGGUUGCCAUACACGAUGUGAAUGCAGAAAACAAGAAUGCAUUGCUGUUGGCAGUAGAGAACAGGCAACCCCAUAUAUAUAAACUCUUGUUGGAAAGAAAUACCCUGAAUAAAGACAGCGUGUUUCUUGUAGUGGAUAACGAAGGGAAGAAAAUAACGACGAAAAAUGAACCCGAGACUGCAAUAUUAAUCGCUGCCAGAAAUGGUGUUGCCGAAAUUGUGGAGAAAAUUCUGGAAUUGGUUCCGGUUGCCAUACACGAUGUGAAUGCAGAAAACAAGAAUGCAGUGCUGUUGGCAGUAGAGAACAGGCAACCCCAUGUAUAUAAACUCUUGCUGCAAAGAAAUAUCCUGAAUAGAGACAGCGUGUUUCGUGUAGUGGAUAAGGAAGGGAAUAGUGCCUUUCAUCUCGCGGCUAAGCUUGCAGCCUUUAAGCCUUGGCUAAUUCCUGGGGAAGCCUUGCAAAUGCAAUGGGAGAUGAAGUGGUAUGAGUUUGUGACCUCGUCCAUUCCCCCUAACUUCGUCCCGCGAUACAACAAAGAGCGCGAGACCCCAGAGGAAGUGUUCAUCAAAACUCACCGUACCCUCCUCAAUAAAGGUAGUGAGUGGUUAACCAAAACCUCCCAAUCCUACUCCGUCGUCGCAGCACUCAUAGCCACCGUGGCCUUCGCCACCUCCACCACAGUGCCUGGGGGCCUCAAGCAGGAUACCGGCAUUCCAACGCUGGAAAACAAACCCGCGUUCCAGCUCUUUGCCAUCUCAUCACUUGUUGCGCUCUGCUUCUCGGUCACGGCCUUGGUCAUGUUCCUUUCCAUCUUAACAUCAAGAAAUCAAGAGAGAGAUUUCGGAAAGGACUUGCCUAGGAAGCUUUUGAUAGGUCUAACGUCGCUGUUUUUUUCCAUAGCUGCGGUGUUGAUUUCGUUCUGCUCGGGACAUUUCUUUGUGGUACAAAAUAACGUCAAGUAUGUAGCAUUUGCAGUGUAUGCAGCAACAUGCCUGCCAAUAACUUUUUUCGCUGCAGUGCAAUUUCCGCUAUAUUUUGAUCUUAUUCAUGCUACCUUUACGAAGGUGCCACGACGAAGCUAUAAGGCAACUCUCUGA